AUGUCCGACGCAACAGAACAAAAAGCAUUUAACGGAUCGACGUUUUUAGACCUUGAAACAAAUUAUGAAUAUUACCGUUCGGACGAGAAAUACAAUCAAUUUCUUUGUAAUCUUUUGGCAAUUAUACGUACUACUGGUCAUGGAGUGUUGAAAAACGAAAAUUUGAGACAAAUCGAAACAGAAGAAAUAAUCGCGAUUAUUUGUGCAACCCUUUGCAAUACAUUCAGCAUAACAGACGAAUUUCGUGGAGAAUCGAUUGGAUGUGGUUUAUAUUUAGGAUUAGCGAAACAUGAUCAUGCCUGCUCAUCAACCAGUUUUGUUAUUUUUAAUGGAGGCAAAGCUAUUUUAAGAGCUCCUACCGGCACAAAAUACAGUACAAGGAUUACAAUAUCGUAUGUUUCUCGAAUGCUUCCCACAUUCAAGAGACAAGAAGAAAUAAGUAAAGUGCACUUUUUCACGUGUCGUUGUGAUUUGUGCAACGACAACAUGAAAGAUGCAAUCGGACUCGCGCGUGUUUGUCCCGAUCGCGCAUGCUCCGGCUAUUGCAAAUCCUCCGAGUUUUUCUCAGAAGAGUGUGUGGUUUGUGGGAAAUUUCCCACAAUUAGCGUGGAUGAAGCAAUCGAAGCAACCUCAUCUCUCAUUGAUGAGCUAGAAAAUAUUCAUAAAACUAUCGAAGACGAAGAUGUUCCAAACUAUUUGAAAAGUCUUCGAAAGGAAUACGAAAAAAUCUUAGGGCCACCUAAUUUGAGUUUAUUGAUGCUCGAUGAAGCAAUCGCAUUCCGCACAGGAAAGGACGACACCAACGGAUUUGAAUAUAUUAUUGAGAGAUUGGGAAUUGGAGCUCCGGAAACAUCUCGAAGACUUUUUAUAAGUUGCAAAGCUCGAAAAGAUGAUGACAAACUUAGAACCCUUGCAAUCAAAUCAUGCAAACUGAGUCAUGGAGAAUCGCAUCCAUUAACCGUAGGAAUCAUUUAA